CGUCUCCGACGAUUGUCUUCAAGAUCUACCCCCUCCGCUCAGCCGCUCAACCACUCGUCUCCGACUCUUGUCUUUGAGAUCCGCCCCUCCGCUCGGCCCUCACUCGUCUCCAACUCUCGUCUUCGAUUGAGAACUCCGUUGCUGGAACCAGUUCAAAGAUGGCUCCGCUUGAGGAAGAGGAUUUGGAGAGGAAACUCAAGAAGGAACAGAAGGCUAAACUCAAAGAGGAAAAAAAACUGAAGGCUGCACAAAAAGCAGAAGCUGCCAAACUUCAGGCACAGAAAGCAACUGAGGGAUCGAAGAAAAGUGAAAAGAAGCUUCGGAAACGGGAAGCUGAUGAUGAGAAUCCUGAGGACUUUAUUGAUCCUGUGACUCCUGCUGGAGAGAAGAAACAACUCUCCCAUCAGAUGGCAAAGCAAUAUAGCCCUAGUGCAGUGGAAAAAUCAUGGUACUCGUGGUGGGAGAGAUCAGGAUUUUUCAUGGCAGAUUCUAGCUGCUCAAGACCUCCUUUUACAAUAGUAGGUCCUUUAUU